CCGCGGUCGCCGCUCCUAUAUUUGGACCACAGAGGAUCUAGCGCGGGCACGGGUUCGAAGACAUGUUCAGCGCAGAGGAACAGGGACGCAUCGUCCAGAUUUGGAACUUCAUAGCUGGCCAUGAGGCCGUCUUAGGGAUGGAGUUGUUGCAGAGGUUGUUCGCCGCAUAUCCCAGCACCAAGAGCUACUUCCCACACUUGAUCCCCGGCCUGGAACUAGCUCAGAUGCAGAACCACGGCGAGCAGAUAUUGAUGGCCGUGGGCCUGGCGGUGAAUCACAUGUACGACCUGCGGGCUGCCCUAGGCAGUCUGGCUGAUCUGCACUCCGGUAUCCUAAGGGUGGAACCGACUAACUUCCAUUUCCUGAUCCAUUGUUUCCAAGUGAUGCUGGCUUCCCACCUGCAGGAAGAAUACACUGCAGAGAUGCAUGCAGCUUGGGACAAGUUUCUGACCAAUGUGGCUGUGGUUCUAACAGAGAAAUAUCACUGAGGAAGUCUGAGUUGCCCUAAAAGAAACUCUGCCUUCUUUCAUCCUCCAAAACAAAAUAAAAUC